AUGAGUUUGUCUCAUUCCCCCACCACAAGUAUUCGAUCGCUUUUGUGCCUUCAUAGGAAAACAACCUUAACUGACAAUAUCACACAGUUUUUCCGUUCCUUUGCACUUGGAAGGGUGUUAAAUCUAGAUAAAAGUGAGGAGCAGUUUCAACAACUAAAAUUCUUGGGACUUGAAGAGUUAAAUAUCAAACAAUGGGAAGCCUCAAGCAUCAACUUUCCAUGUCUUGAAGAAUUACAGGUGAGGAAUUGCGUUGAUGUUGAAGAGAUACCCCUUGAGUUAGGGGAUAUCUCAACGCUUGAGUAUAUUUACGUUUUUAAGUGUGGUGCUUCUCUUCUCGUAUCCCUUCAAAAAAUACGACAGGAGCAAGAUGAUAUGGGAAACUAUGAACUGGCGAUCAUAAUUGAUGGAAGGAAAAUGCCCUCUUGUGUACCCAAUCAUGACUCUUAA